UCAGCUCCCCCCUCUCCUCUAGAUCUCCCGCGCAACAAACGCAAGGCCACCGCCGCCUCCGCAGUCGCCGCCUCUGCGACCUUGCCCGCCGCCGCCGCCGCCGCCGCUGCCGCCCCGAGAGAUGGCAAAGGCAUUUUACGCGGUGGGGUUCUGGAUCCGGGAGACCGGUCAGGCCCUCGACCGCCUCGGCUGCCGCCUCCAGGGGAACUACUUCUUCCACGAGCAGAUUUCAAGGCAUCGCACACUUAUGAACAUCUUUGACAAAGCACCUCAUGUUCACAAAGAGGCAUUUGUCGCUCCAAGUGCAUCCCUUAUUGGUGAUGUUCAAGUUGGACAAGGGUCUUCAAUUUGGUACGGCUGCGUCUUAAGAGGUGAUGCAAAUAACGUUCAAGUUGGAUCUGGGACGAAUAUACAGGACAAUUCUGUUGUGCAUGUGGCAAAAUCUAAUCUAACUGGGAAAGUCUUUCCAACCAUCAUUGGAGACAAUGUCACAGUAGGACAUAGUGCUGUAUUACAAGGAUGCACUGUUGAGGAUGAAGCUUUUGUUGGUAUGGGAGCAACCCUGUUAGAUGGUGUUAUUGUGGAAAAGCAUGGGAUGGUUGCUGCUGGAGCCCUUGUAAGACAGAACACAAGGAUCCCUUGUGGAGAGGUAUGGGGUGGAAACCCUGCGAAAUUUCUGAGGAAGCUCACAGAUGAGGAGAUUGCUUUUAUUGCGGAAUCGGCUGCCAACUACUCCAACUUAGCCAAGGCACACGCUGUUGAGAAUGCCAAGCCCUUGGAAAAGAUUGAUUUUGAGAAAGUGUUGCGCAAGAAAGUAGCUCACCAGGACGAGGAAGACGAUUCCAUGCUUAGUGGCACUCGAGUGGUCCCUCCAGAGCUAGCGCCACCCAGCUCUACCCCUGCUCAAUAAGCUUUGGUUAUCUGUUUUUUUUUCUUUCUUUGGUGCCUUCACCAUCUUCAG